UCAGCAGUUGCAUUUGCCAAAGCGGCUCCACAUAGCCAGCAGCCUGCACUCCUAAGAUUCACCUUUUAAAUUUGACAUGACAAUUUUUGAAACCAUUUUGAGCCACAUUCGUUCUGUCUCUCGCGCUGUCUUUGUUGUGAUGGACACGCGGCUGGAAAUAGGAUUUCGUUCAACGUAACUUGAAGGCAGCAGCAGUUGUUGGACCGGCGUUUUUAGUGCCUCCUCGCAGCGGAUUUACAAAGCCUCUCCGGAGCCUGCGAUGAUAUUCAGCACCCUGGACAGAGACUAGAAGCAUUUCAGCACGCUGGACAGUCAUUAAGCGUUUCAUCAACCCGGACAGAGACUAAAAGGUGCGCUGAAGGCUGGCACGUGGCAAGCGGAGGGGGGAAGGAUGGAUCUUCAGUCCGGUGUAAGAGCCUCCCCCCAGGGAAGCCAGCGUCGGACGCAAGGCCUCGUGGGCCGUUGACCUUCUGUCUUCGUGAUUUAUGGCGGCUGGGGGCCUCUGGCCACUGCAGACUCCUCUCCUCUCUCUCUUCCGUUUCCCUUCACACACACUGCAGGAUUGCAAGGAGCCACACACACUGCACCACCGUCUACAGGAGUACCCAAAGUGGAAUUCCUCGCACAUGCUGAGCUGCAGCACUGGCACGCAUUCAUCCGCUGCCUCCUACACUGUCUCAUACAAAAAUAAACACCUCCAUAAACAUUACUACACUGCAGCACCGUGUCCUGCAAUCCUAUCGCAUGCCCAUUAGACCAAGCCUGCUCUCUGAGUAGACUCCAUUUGACUGUGUGUGGAUUACUAUCAGUCAUGGUGUGUCAGCUGUAGAGCCCUUGGUGUAGCUGCUGCUCACGGGCAGAGUUGGAUCAAUGGAAGUGCGCUGAGUAACGAGGUGAUGUUCCUGUUUUCACAUGGUCUGAAAGCAAUCAGCAGCCAGCAUCUCUCCGCUGACUCUACACACUGCUCUCCUUCUACAUUGCAAUAACCGUCCUCCUCUACGGACUAUCAGUGCAGUGACUUAUUGUAUUAUUUUAAUAUUAGACACACCAGCUGGACAUUUGGUCCUAUGCACACCAGAGCUGUCAGAGCACAUUAAAUAUAUUUUUUUUCUCCAGACGUAAAGGUGUAUAGCGGACACAGUGCCGUAUUUACCUUUUGGACUAUUUUUACUUUUGAAAGCUGGGGACUGAGAGUGAGAGCCUGCAGGUGCCCUCACCAUGGUGUUGCCACCCCCAGACAAACGCCACGUGUGCCUGACCACCAUCGUCAUCAUGACCAGCAUGGCCUUCAUGGACGCCUACUUGGUGGAGCAGAACCAGGGUCCCAGAAAGAUCGGUGUGUGUAUUAUAGUGCUGGUAGGGGAUGUAUGCUUCCUCAUAGUGCUGCGAUAUGUGGCAGUGUGGGUUGGUGCCGAGGUGCGCACCGCCAGACGAGGCUACGCUAUGAUCCUCUGGUUUCUGUACAUCUUUGUCCUAGAGAUCAAGCUCUAUUUUGUCUUCCAGAAUUGCAAGGCAGACAGGAAGAGUUUGGAGACAGUGGCCCGGAAGGCCUUGACGUUAUUAUUAUCUGUAUGUGUACCAGGUUUAUACUUGGUUCUUGUGGCUCUGGACAGUAUGGAAUAUGUGAGAACUUUCCGUAAGAAGGAGGACAUGAGGAGUCGUCUAUUCUGGGUGGCUCUGGACCUGCUUGACCUGCUGGAUAUCCAAGCAAACCUGUGGGAGCCCCAGCGGACAGGCCUGCCCAUCUGGGCCGAGGGCCUGAUGUUCUUCUACUGCUACAUCCUGCUGCUCAUCCUGCCCUGCGUUUCACUCAGUGAAAUCAGCAUGCAGGGGGAGCACAUGUCACCCCAGAAGAUGAUGCUCUACCCAGUUCUGAGCCUGGUCACCAUAAACGUGGUCACCAUCCUCAUACGAGGUGUAAACAUGGUGCUGUUUCAGGACAGCCGUGUUUCCACCAUCUUUGUUGGAAAGAACGUGGUGGCCAUCGCCACCAAAGCCUCCACCUUCCUGGAGUACCGCAGACAGGUCAAGGAGUUCCCCCACCCACAGAACGCCAUGGCGCUAGAGCUGCAGCAGAACUCUGUCAGCCACACGCAGCCGCUACCCAAUGCGACAAGUUUGCCACAUGAACCUUCACCAGCGCAGGACGUCAUUGACACAUGACCGCCAGCGCUGACCUGAGCACCAUUAGAAACUGACUGCUUUUUAUGAAAGCUCCAGAAGUGGAGUUAGAUAGAGAAAUCAGCUGCAUGACAGGAUGAUAUUCUGUUCUUGUCAAGCCCACAUGAACUGCUGCGAAACCAUAAAAGAGAUUUUCAGCAUCACCUGCCUGUCAGAACAUACUGUAAACCUACACUUGACUCUGAGUGCAGCGUGCAGACUUUAGAAAUCAAGUCAAAGGUUUUUAUCGUGCUGUUGUGUUUUUAAUUGUUUCAAAUGUUUUAAAAGUUCCAACAUUUAUUAAGAGACAAUCUCCACACUGCGCAGCCCAGUGACAUUAUGUUGUGUAAAAUGGAUCGGUGAGUAUCUUGUAUUUUUUAAAGGUCACUUUUUCAACAGUGCAUCUAUGGCAUUUCCUUUGAAUUCCAGCACCAAAGGACAUACCACUCAGUGUGAAGCACUGAUGGAGAGGAGAGAGUGACAAGGGUCAGUCAUGGGGUUCUAUCUGGGCUGUGCUAAAGCAAGGUUGGUGGCAGACAAAUGCUUUUCCUUCUGUGUUUGUUCUGCUGAGAAAUGAGGUCUGGAAGCUGCUGCCUCGAUCAGUGUGACACUUUACGACCAAAGGUCUGAUUAAAGCACUGGAGCUCAGCACUAUACCGUCAACUGCAGGCAUCCAAGCGUGUGUUUUAGUGUGUGCCCGUGUGUCUAUGUGCACGCACACUAGUCUCUAGAGUAUGUAUGCCUGCAGCCGUACCUGUCCGCCACAGGAGGAUUUAGGUUAUUUCAGAUUGUUCUGGAACAGAUGCAGUUGGUUGAUGUGUGUGAUGAAUUGCAAAUGAGACAAAAUACGUAGAGAUGUCAGAAGAAUAAAAAUAUGAUCGGGGUAAGAUAAUUUUUGUUUCCUGUACUGUACAUUCCUCUAAAACUAGCUCAAGCCUUGAAGUCAGAGAAUACGGAGAUCAGAGUCCAGAGAACGCCUAACUGAAGAAUUGACAAAAGAUAAAACAUACAUACAAAAACAUACAAACAGAAUAGUUUUUCUGAUGUUAUUCAGUUUAUUAUUAUAAUUAUCCUUAUUAUUAUGUACAUUCUUUACUUGUUGGAGGCCAAUGACGUUUUAAU